CGGAAGGAGUUGUAGUUCAGAGAACAGUGGACUGACUACAGAGUGAGUACAGACAUAAGGAUUGUGUCCACACUGACGGAGAUAGUCUGUUUAUUCUGAGGCAGAAGACAUGGCAGAAGCUGUGGACACGAACACACUAUGUCUCUUUGACGUGGACGGCACGCUCACGGCCGCCAGACAGUGUGUGACUCCAGAAAUGGCCAGGUUCCUGGACAGGCUGAAGACUCGAGUUCGAGUCGGCGUCGUUGGAGGGUCCGACCUCAGCAAGAUCAAGGAGCAGCUGGGAAACGAUGUGAUCCAGAAAGUGGACUACGUGUUUGCCGAGAACAGUCUGGUGGUCGACAAGGACGGACAGCUGCUCUCCGUCCAGUCCAUCCAGGCGCACAUGGGAGAAGAGCUGCUGCAGGAUUUCAUCAACUUCUGUCUCAACUACAUGGCCAAGAUCAAACUGCCCAAGAAGAGGGGGACGUUCAUUGAGUUUCGUAACGGGAUGUUGAACGUGUCUCCCAUCGGACGCAGCUGCACGCAGGAGGAGAGGAACGAGUUCUACGAGCUCGACAAGGUAGAAACGAAAGAAGGAAAUAGCAAGAAAAUUAUUUAUGCUUUUAUAUUUAACGGUUUUAGCUGUGAAAUGGACCAGAGUGAUAAACCCCAUUUCCUGUUCAUUGGGUUAUUACACUCAUGAAGUCAAUCUAGUUUA